AAAAAAAGGUGAUGGUGAAACGGGAUAUUUAUUCUAAUAAAAAGACGCCAUAUGUGGAGAUGAUUGACCAAAUGAGUUUUAGGGUUCUGGACUAGAGCUUACCACGUGCUGAGUGUGACCUGCAAUGAAAGUUUGGGCUGGCUUGUGUGGGCUUGAUGCUUAAUCUUCAGUUUAAGAGUUGGUGGUGAGCUUAGCUGGUCUGCGGUUGAAGAAGGAGAGAAGAGAAUAAGAAGUGAACGAAAUAAACGUUUUGCACCGGCCGGGUGGCUAUACUAGGUAUUAUACGGUCUUAUGUAUUAUGUCUUAUGGGUCGUUCCCUCCACGUGUAUGUCUACUCACAUGUACCGUGUAAUGUAAGUAAUAUAAGCUUCUCUUCCACCAAAUCAAAGUAAGCGGACGAUGAACGAUGAGUGCUGAGACAGUCGUAGGAAAGCAGCCCAGGCAACAAGACACGCGUCGAUAUUUUAAAAAAACAUCUGCUCCAUUCAUUCAUACUCUUUGAGCGGUUCAUACUCUCUGAUAGUCUUCAGGAGUUUCAUUUAUUUUUUUUAACUGAGUGAUUUAAUAUUUUACAAUGCCGGAUAAAGUUGCGCCAGCAGAGCACCAGGUUUUGCCCCCCAAAGCCAAGGAACAGAGUGUUAAGUUAAAAAAGGAACUUGGACUGUUGGAUGGAGUUUCUAUUAUUGUUGGAGUUAUUGUUGGUGCUGGAAUUUUUGUUUCUCCACAUGGUGUUUUAGAUAAAAGCGGGAGCAUUGGAUUUUCUUUGAUAAUAUGGAUUUUUUCUGGAUUACUUUGUUUGGUUGGUGCUCUUUGCUAUGCAGAAUUAGGAACAAUGAUACCCAAGUCCGGGGGCGACUAUGCGUACAUAAGCGAUGCAUUUGGACCACUACCUGCCUUUUUGUAUUUAUGGGUCGCAUUGUUCAUUCUAGUACCUACUGGUAAUGCAAUAACUGCGCUAACUUUUGCGAUAUAUAUUCUAAAACCCUUCUGGCCUGACUGUGAGCCGAAUUAUGAAGCCGUACGGCUAUUAGCCGCUGUUGUAACGUGUUUGCUCACUGCAAUAAAUUGCUACAAUGUCAAAUGGGCGACGCGCAUCCAAGAUAUAUUUACCGGGACCAAAAUAUUUGCUUUGAUAGUAAUAAUAGGCGCCGGAUUUUGGCAUUUAUUUGCAAUAGGUCCUGAAAAUCUGAUAAAUCCAAUGGGAGGAACUAACGCCUCGCCAGGUUACAUCGCCGUUGCUGUUUAUUCCGGGCUGUUUUCCUACUCCGGAUGGAAUUACCUUAACUUUGUAACUGAAGAGCUGAAAGAUCCCUAUCGAAAUUUGCCACGAGCUAUUUGCAUUUCAUUGCCGCUGAUAACGAUUAUUUAUGUCCUGGCAAACUUUUCUUACUUUAUUGUCCUAACUAAGCAGGAAUUUUUGACGUCAACAGCUGUUGCUGUCACUUUUGGUGGAAAAUUAUUGGGACCAAUGUCAUGGAUAAUGCCAUUUUUCGUCGCAUGCUCAACAUUUGGUGCUCUUAACGGCGCAAUAUUCGCUUCAUCAAGGCUAUUCUUCGUCGGAGCACGAAACGGACAUUUACCGAAUGCGAUAGCACUUAUUAAUAUUAGAAACUUAACACCAAUGCCAGCUCUUAUCUUUUUAUGCAUUAUCACGCUGGCGCUGCUGAUACCAAAGGACAUUGAUGGACUGAUCACUUAUGUCAGUUUUGUUGAGGCAGUCUUCAUUACGAUGUCAGUAUCGGGUUUGCUCUGGUUGAGGUACAAACGACCCGAUCUUCAUCGACCUAUUAAGGUAUCACUGUGGCUUCCAAUAUUAUUUUUAGUGAUAUGUAUUUUUUUGGUAACUGUACCAUGUUAUGUAAAACCACUGGAAGUAGGAAGUGCAAUUAUGAUUAUUCUUUCCGGAAUUCCAGUUUAUUGGAUUUUUGUUCAGUGGCAAAAGAAACCCAAGUGGCUUGAAAAUGCUUCCCAUAACUUCAAUGUAAGCUGCGCAAAACUUUUUAUGUGUGUAUCAGAAGAAAAAGAUGACUGAUUAA